AUGACAACAGAGAGGAACGGCCUGAGGGAGCAACUGCAGAUCUUCCGGGAGCGGGCCAAGGGUGAGCGAACACACCUAACGGAGAGGGUGGAGGAUCUGCAGAACAUCAUUCUUAAACUGGAACAGGAACACAGAGAGCACAAGAACAAGAAGUCAAUUAUGGAGGAUCGCAUUCAGGCCCUGGAGGGGGAGAUCCACGCCAUAAGCUCCAAGCUAAAUGUCUCUGAAGAGGAUCUUAAAAAGACUAAGGCAGAGUGCAGUGAACUGAGGCAGCUCAAGACUGAAACAGAGAGAGCCCUCAGCGACAGCCAAAGCAACCUGAAGGCCACCAUCAGGGAGCAGCAGAAUGCGCAGGACAAGAACAAGCAGCUACAAGAGAGGAAUAGCUCACUGUUAGAUCAGCUGGAUCACAUAUAUCAGGACAGAGAUGCUCUACAGCAGGAGCUGGACAACAAGGAAAAAGUCAUCAGAACUCUGAAUCACAACUUUGAGGAACUGGAGAGAUCAGCAGAGAGCCUGCAAAAUGUAGUGGUUGAGCAAAACCAAGCACUGGAAACGAUGCAGGGGAAACUAACAGAGACCAGAGAGGAACUUGUGAAGGUCCAAUCAGACAGUCAGGAGCUGCAGCGCAAGGUGGAAGAGUCAAAUCAGGAGCUCCAGAGGAAGCUCCAGGAGUGUAUGACUGAGAACAGCUGCAUAAAGAAGGUGCUCUCCUCUAAGGAGGAUGUCAUUGAAUGUCUGAAGGUCACAGCUGAGGAGCUAGAGUCAUCAGCAAAGAACCUGCAGCAGGAAGUGAACAGCGGAUAUCGGGAGCUGGACGCCCUGCGGAAGAAACUGGACAGCACAGAAGAAGAUCUGGAUGCUGCCGUGAGGGAAAAUGAGGCCAUUCAGCAAGAGAUCACUCAGCUCAGAGAGGAUCUAGACAAGGCCCGCUUGGAUAAUCAGGAGGAAGUAAGCAAGCGAGACAGAAAGAUGGAUGGUGUGGUGAGGGAGAAGGAGGCCAUACUGCAAGCAAACACUCAGCUUAGAAGUGACCUGGACCAAGCCUAUCUGGAUAAUCAGGUCCUGCAGAGCAAGGUGGAAGAGUCUAAGCAGGACAUGGAGAACCUCGAGAAGAUGUUCCAGGAGUGUAUUGCUGAGAACAACUGCACAAAGAAAGUUCUUUCCUCUAAGGAGCUGCAGGGCAAGCUGGAAGGAUCUAGCCAGAACAUGGAUGACCUCCAGAGGAAUCUCCAAGACUUUACUACUGAGAGCAACUCCACAAAGAAGCUGCUGUCCUCUAGGGAGGAAUUCAUUGAAAGUUUGCAUCUGAAGAAUGAGGAGCUAGAGAAGUCAGCAAAGAGCCUGGAGCAGGAAAUAAGCCGGCGAGACCGAGAGCUGGAAGCCCUGCGGAGGAAACUGUCUGACAGGGAAGAAGAGCUGAAUGCUGUGGUCACGGAGAAGGAGGCCAUGCUGAAAGCAAAUACUCACCUCAGAGAUCAUUUAGGCAAAGUCCGCUUGGAUAACAAGGCCCUGCAGACCAAGGCGGAAGGGACCAACCAGGAUGUGGAGGGCCUCCAGAGAAAGCUGCAGGACUCUGUUAGUAAUGUGUCUUCUCUGGAGGACCAGUUGGCCUUCAAAGACACUGUGAUUGAGCAUCUGCAGCUCACAAUUGAGGAACUGGAGACAUCAGCAAAGAGCCUGCAGCAGGCCGUGAACAGGGGACACCGGGAGCUGGAAGCCAUGCGGAGGAAGCUGAACGAAACUGAGGAAAAGCUGAAACUGGAUGCUGCGCUGAGAGACAGCGAGAGCCAGGCAGGUUUGGAUAUCCAGGCCCUGCAGGGUGAGGAGGAGGUGGAAAGGUCCAGCCAGGAUACAGGAGUUCUUCAGUUGCAGUUCCAGGGCUUUAGUGCUGACGUCACGACCCGGCUGUCCCCGAGUGCAAGUGAAAGGUCCUUUCAAAGCUACAUGGACAAGCCACAGGCCUGGCUAAGCAACACAGCCAAGCAGGACAACAAGAAACCCGGCCUCUCAGAGGAGAAUCAGAGCCUGGAGAAUGAGUGGGCUGACAAAAAGGGUCUUAUCGAGGGAUUGGACAGUUCUUCCAGGAGGCUCGCCUACAGUCAGAGCUACAUGAGACGGCCACUUGUCAAGGAGUACAUCUAUAAUUCAGCUGAGAAGGAGAGGGACAAAGAUACAUUCGGGACAAACCGCCCCGGGAAAAGUACAGACGCAGAAACACCUCCUAAAAACUUGAAAAAGAUCAGCAAGGCUGACUACCUGCAGGAUGAGACGGAACCCUUGGAUUGGGAAGAGACAGAGAUGAAGUCGCCCACAAAUGUGCGCGUGGAGAUCGAGCGCGAUGAAGCCCUGGCAAACCUGCGGCGCAUGACGACAGAUAGGGACGGCCUGAGGGAGCAGCUCCAGAUCUUCCGGGAGCGGGCCUCGAGCGAGCGGACAUACCUGAUGCAGAGGGUGGAGGAGCUGCAGGCCACGAUUCUCAAGAUGGACCAGGAGCACAGAGAGUACAGGAGCAAGAGGUUGACAAUGGACGAUCGUAUUCGGACCCUGGAGGGGGAGGUCCACACCUUAGGCUGCAAGAGCCUACAGCAGCACCUGGAAGAGCAGAAAUCCCUGCGGAGGAAACUUUCAGACACAGAAGAGAAGCUGGAUGCAGUGAUGAGGGAGAAGGAGGCCAUUCAGCAAGAGAUUGUUCAGCUCAGAGAUGAAGUAGAUAAGGCCAGCUUGGAUAAUCAGCUUACGGACUGGCUGGACUCUCCCCAGACCCUGCAGCACAAAGUGGGAGGGUCAAACAAGGAAGUGGAGGAGCUCCAGAGGAAGCUCCAGGAGUGUAUCUCUGAGAGCAACUGCACAAAGACACUGCUGACCUCUAAGGAGGAAGUCAUUGGAUGCCUGCAGCAGACAGUUAAGGAUCUGGAAACGUCAGCAAAGAGCCUGCAGCAGGCCGUGAACAGGGGACAGCAGGAGCUGGAAGCUGUGCAGAGGAAACUGACCAAUACAGAGGAAAGACUCAGGAGUGAUCUUGUCAAGGCCCAUUUGGAUAACCAGGCCCUGCAGCGCAAGGUGGAAGAGGCCAACCAGGACAUGGAGAACCUCCAGAGGAAGCUCCAGGAGUGUACUUCUGAGAGCAGCUGCACAAAGAAACUGCUCUCCUCUAAGAAUGCAGUAAGCGGGCGAGACCAGAUGCUGGAAGUCCUGCGGGCGAAACUGUCCGACGGGGAAGAGGAGCUGAAUGCUGUGGUCAGGGAGAAGGAGGCCAUUCAGCAAGAGAUUGAUCAGCUCAGAGAUGACCUGGACAAUGUCCGUUUGGACAACCAGUCAUUAGCGCUCAUACACCUGACAGACUGGCUGGACUCUCCCCAGGCCCUACAGCGCAAGGUGGGAGGGUCUAAACAGGAAGUGGAGGAGCUCCAGAGGAAGCUUCAGGAGUGUGUCACUGAGAGCAACUGCUCAAAGAAACUGCUCUCCUCUAAGGAGAGUGUCAUUGAACGCCUGCAGCUGACGAUUGAGGAACUGGAGACGUCAGCAAAGAGUCUGCAAAAAGUUGUGAACGGGCAAGAUCGAGAGCUAGAAGCUGUGCGCGGGAAAUUAGACGGCAAGGAAGAAGAGAUGGAUGCUGUGGUCAGGGAGAAGGAAGCCAUUCAGCAAGAGAUUAUUCAGCUCAGAGGCGACCUUGACAAGGCCUGCUUGGAUAAUCAGGCCCUGCAGUUCAAGGCUGAAGGGACCAAUCAGGAGCUCCAGAGGAAACUCCAGGAGUGUAUCUCUGAGAGCAACUGCGCAAAGAAACUGCUAUCCUCUAAGGAAAAUGUCAUUGGACGCAUGCAGACAACAAUUGAGGAGCUGGAGUCAUCAGCAGAGAGCUUGAAAAAACUAGUAAGUGGGCGAGACCAAGAGCUGGAUGCCUUGCGGAGGAAACUGGACGACACAGAAGAGGAGCUGGAUACUGUGACGAGGGAGAAGGAGGCCAUGCAGCAAAAGAUUACCCAGCUCAGAGGUGACCUUGACAAUGGCCGCUUGGAUAACAAGGAGCUGCUACGCAAGAUUGAAGAGUCAAACCAGAAUAUGGAGGACCUCCGGAGGAACCUGCAGGACUCUGCUAGUAAAGUGUCUUAUCUGGAGGACCAGCUGGCCUUCAAAGAGAAAGUCAUUGCAGAUCUGCAGCUCACAACUGAGGAGCUGGAGUCAUCAGCAAAGAGCCUGCAACAGGCGGUGAACAGGGGACAACAGGAGCUGGAAAAUGUGUGGAGGAAGCUGACCAGCACCGAGGAAAAGCUGAGCGCCAUGGUGAGGGAGAAGCUGGCGAUGCAGCAAGAGCUUGCUGACCUUGUCAGUGACCUUGACCAGGCCCGUCGUUAUAACCGGGUGAAGGAGUAG